AUGCUAGGAACACCUAUGGCAACUCUGCAUCCCCUGGGUGUGACAUCCCAAACGCCUUCUCCCCAACAGCAGACCACAUCUUACCACUCAUCUCGACCAUCGACCUCAUCGCUUCCUCGAUCGUACAAACGGGCCAAGUCUACACCUUCACCACAGUCUCCCAUAUUCCCAAAUCAGACGAUAUCGUCAGGAUCCGGCGGACCAUCGGGGCCUUCAAGAGCGAAACCUAGAGCCGCAGUAGCGAGAAGAUUGGUGGAAGCUUCACCACAGACCUGGAGGCUGGAAAGUGGAAGAAGGCGGGAAAUGUCGGUUCCUUUGCUAUCACAAGAGCUAUCCCACUUCUCCCUCUCCCAUUCGUCUCCCCCCGAGAUGUGCCAAGAAGGCCAUUCAGUCACACCCCCAAUACCGACCCAGACUUAUCUCACAUCUCCCGCUCAGCGCUCUCACACACCUCGUUCUCGAAGUCAUGUCGGACCUUCCAAGACUCCCUUCGUAGCUGCUCUACCCAAAGAUCAUACCUAUCCUUCCACUGCACCUCUUCCACCCAUAUCUUCGUUUUUGGGCAGUCCCUUCUCCACCAAGAAUGCCAGAGGAAGAUACAUGUAUCAAAACGUAUCUCCAUCGCAUAAUGCUACCAAUGGUACGAUAACAGAGAGGAUAGGGAUAGGGAGAGAAGCCUUUGAUGAACCUGGGUUGGAAUGGCUCGAACCCAGCGAUGGAUUGCCCUUGCCUCCACGUAGAGGAUCAAAGGAGGGCAGAACAGGCUUGGUCGAAGGGCUGCCAAUGCCGCAUUCAGGUAGACUCAGGAGAGGCACGAAUGGCUCGACGUCGUCCAUCGAUGAAUUGAGUGGAAGUGGUGCAAGCACAGCAUCUCUGCUCUCCCUAGCGAGGAACUCGAUAGAACACCAUUCGAGACCCAACAUCAUUACCGUAUGGGACGAACAGUCGCAAUGUUUAGAUGAAGAGGAAGAAGAAUCGUCAACACCGAGCCGACAACUAUUCGCCAAACCUAAUGAUUGUCUACCUCUACAGAUAUCAACUAAAGUGAACAGACCUUCCCACCAAAAUUUCAUGGAAAAGGAGAAAGCCACCGCAAGAUCUUCUUUACCUUGCUCGUCUGGAGGCCAAAUGUUGCAAAACUUCGACUUGUCGAAUCCGCCUAUAAUUAAACGACUAGACGAAAAAAACGCAGCCGUUUCACCUCAAAAAACAGGUAAAUCACCCUUGUCAACGUUCCUUCCCCGCUUGUUAUCCUCAAGAAAAGUAUCCCUCCAAUCGUUGCGACGCAAAUCGCCCGGUACGGAGGUUGUGGAUGAUGAAGAUAUAAUGACCGAUACUGAAGACGGAUCCUCCCUCAAGGGCUCUCUGAGAGGGAAGAGCAAGACUUUAUGGAACAAGACCAAAUCUAUCACAAUCAACUCAUCGAGAAACCCCAUGGAAGGUGGUGAUCAUGAACCGUCGCUGGGAGUCGGUAUAGGUUUAGGUAUUCGAAGAGGGCCACUAGGAUCUGUUCUGCGGGGAAGUGCCGAGAAGAGUAUCGAUCUAGCAAGGUCAUUAUCAAGCGAUUCGAGCGGUGAUAUAGAAACUUCACCUUCGAGACCGUUGUCAAAUAGAGAUUCAAUGAGUCUCUUCGUUAGUCCUUCUUUACCUCUCUCGCCCUCUACCACAGCGUCUCUAAACAGAGUCCCGAGCAAGUCUGCUUUCUUAGCUAGACGAAAAUCUGUCAAUGGUCAGACCUCUGGAACCCCAGGUACGAUUGCUAGUGGACCUCGACCUGCCAAGGCUAGACCACUACUGAGAAGAGGAAUCACCGCACCUGCCGAUAGCCCCUAUAAUUCUUCCAAUUUACUUUCCGCUGACUCAGCAUUGCAUACUCCCACCCACAUCCUUUUCGGAGAUAUCAAACCUUCUCCAGCUGCAUUUGCCUCUACAGGCCUGGUCAAGAAGAAGUCAGGUAUACAAGGAGUAGAGAUUCCUAAAUUCGGUGGUGGAACAGAUAGCGAACCUGUAGGAGAGAUUAAACGGGAACAAGCUGCCGCUCAACAUGGAGUAACAAGAACGAUAGAACCCCCUAGUCCCAUUUCACCUAUGGAAUCGCUCAGUCGUGCUCGACCAAGCUUGAAUACGUCCCUCACCACUUCCGCUUCGACAACUACCUCAGGCAAUACCGUGUCUACCACUAACAGCAAUGCCGCUUAUAUACAAGCUGCCCAGAAAACUAGAGGGUUGAGAAGAAAGGGUAGUCAGAUGUUCACUGCUAGUGGUUCAAUCGGAAGCAUAGAUAUGAUGAGAUCAGAUAGUAAUCGGUCCGCUAGAGGGGGUACCAGUCCUGCUACUCCAACUAAGCCUGGUCUGCAACUCACUCCGUUCGGUCUUGGCAUCACAACCCCUUCACCUACAGGACCUCAUCACCUCUAUCCCUUUGCUUCUUCCAGCGCAUUGCUUUCUACUCCACCUCGUUCCAGCGAGUAUGCUCCCUCCGACCCCGUUGAACCCUCUUCCAUCGAGAAAUUCCGACACAUGCCUGCUCGAGUCCGACAAAUAUCCAACGAACGAGGACCUCUGGCUCGAGCGUCCAACCCCAUGCUCGCAGCCAGUUUCAAGGCAUCUACUUCCAUUCAUACCGUUCCCGAAACUCCUGGCCAAGGUCAAAUUCCUUCAAUCAACAUCUUUAACGGGCCCCGCAGCAAAAAAGCGCCCUCAUCUCGACUUGAAAAGGAUUUUACGGUGAUCCAGACAUUGGGUAGUGGUGCUUUCUCUCAAGUAUUAAAGGUCCGGGAGAAAUGCAGUGGGAAAUUGUAUGCUGUCAAAGCUGGCAAACCAUACACCGGAGCUAAGAAUCGAUUAAGACAACUAGAAGAGGUAUCAAUCCUACGACAAUUAUCUAUGAUCCCUCAUGAGAAUGUUGUAGAGUACGUUGAUUCAUGGGAAACUCAUUCGAGAUUGUACAUCCGGACGAAAUUGAGUGAAUGUGGAGAUUUAUCCAAGUUUUUAGGACUUUUAGGUGAUUAUGGUGGACUGGGUGAAGAAAGGGUUUGGAAGAGUCUGGUUGAACUUUCAAGUGGACUCAGACACAUCCAUAAGAACAAUUUCUUACAUCUCGAUCUCAAACCUUCCAACAUCCUUAUUAACACCGAUGGAGGAUUGGUGAUCGCCGAUUUGGGAAUGGCGGUGAUUUGUUCAAACGAUCAUAAAGGUAAUAUCCUACAGGGCUUAUCACCUGCUUUACCUGAAAGAGAUGAACAAGGUGGAUUUAUCUGGUCAACUGCAUCUACUACCGCCAAUACUCCUCAAGAAGAAGAGGAAGAAAGAAGAUUGGAUGUUAUACCUAGUCCGAUCAUUGAUAGGGAAUUCGAAGGUGAUAGGGAGUAUUUGUGUCCCGAGGCUCUGAAUGAUAAUGGAGGCAAGUACGAGAUUGGAAAAGGAUCGGAUAUCUUUAGCUUGGGUAUGGUCAUACUUGAAUCAGCUGUCAAUGUGGUUUUACCAAGCAACGGAGAAGGUUGGAUCAAACUUCGCAAUGAUGAUUUUUCCGAUCUCAACGAACAUUAUCGAUUACGUCGUGCAUCAACUUCGACUACCAACGAGGUUGGAGUUGAAAAUCAAGACCCAUCUAUACCUGUACUAUCUCAAGAUUUGAUAGAUGUGAUCCGUGGUAUGAUGAGAUCUGAUCCAUCGCACCGAUGGGAACUGGAAGAUAUCUGGAAUAACAGAGUGGUGAGGAAUGUGAUGUGUACGAAGAAGGGUAGAGCAUUAGUGGAAGAAGGUCAUGGAUGGUUGGAGAGUGUUUUGUCGAGAGAGUAG